AUGAUCCAUCAAGAAACCACCCCAAUCACUCCAGAUAGCGACCGAGACGACGGGUUGGAAACCACAAGCGAGAUGGAUGGUCAGAGCCUUGUUUAUCAAGAGCUCCCCGCGAGAUUAACGAAUCCUGUGAAACUUGUCGCACUGUUGAGGAUGCAGUUCGGUGUGGGUAAAUACGACGUUUCAAUGAUUGGAAGUGUCUAUAGUGUUGGCACACCACGAAAGCUUUCCAUGGAAGAGAUUUCACAGUGUCGGGGGCUGUGA